AUGGACAGACUAACCAAGAAACAUAAGUGUCAAUCUGAUGAAGCUCCCCCUAGAUAUGGAUUCGAUUCCCUACCUCAAGAAACAGUUAUUGACAUAGCUUCUAGGCUUCCCAUAACAUCUUUAGUCCAAUUCAAGUUUGUUCGCAAAACAUUCUACAACUUGUGUCAUGAUCCAGAGCUUGUGAAUUUGCACCUGUCUCGUGCAGUAAAGAACAAUCCUUGCAUUAUUUUUCAAGUGGACGAUAGUCAGCUUUGCUUUCUUGAACUUUCUGGUCUUGGUACGGAAAAUGUUGUGAGGAAAAUCAGCACCCCUUUUGCAAGCUUGAUGCUAAAAUUAUAUGGUUCAUGUCAUGGGCUAUUGUGCAUAUGUGAUUGUCUGCUUAGUGAUGCACUUUAUGUGUACAAUCCUUUUACAGGAGACUACAAGCAGCUGCCUUGCCAUAUCAGUGUAUUUGAGGAAUUGGUUCUAGGGUUUGGUUUUCAUCCUAUUACCAAAGAGUACAAGGUGAUCAAGGUCAUAAAUUAUGUCACAAAUAAUAUUAUUGCCAAUUUGCUUCAUGAUGACGACCGUUCAUUAGAUGUUUCAAAGUUGAAGUAUUUACUCUUGGUGCCAACGGUUUGA